AAUCAAGUUAUUAGAAGAAAAAUUAUCUUUAACUCAGAAAUACUUAUCAAAAAAAGAUUUUGAGAUAAUGUCCCUCAAAGCUGAAUUGGUAAAUAUAAAGAUUGAAUUAGAUUUUAAGAUCAGUAAGCUUAAGUAUCUAAAAUUAGAGGAUAUUUUGAUAUUUGUAAUUGGUGAAAAUAGUGAAAAAAAUAUAUCAAAGUCUAGACUCAAAGGAAAAAUUAUGAACAAAGUCAAAAAAAUUAGCACUGAUAUACUGACUCAUACUAAUGAUAAAAUUGUUUCAAUCUUAGAAUCUUCAAAAAUUGAUACUAAGAUUACUUCUAAGCCAGAUUAUAUUCACAGUAUGACUGCCUCUAGUAAUUUGUUUUCUGGAAUAUAUAAACCAACCAUGAAUGAACAAAAAAAACUCAAAAAUAAGAUUACCUCUAAUAAAACUUUUCCUUAUGAAUAUUAA